AUGCUACAGAGUGACGCAGGUCUGGAAGCGAUCGAAGGUUCUGUGCUGUUAAAUACAGAUUUAAACAUUGUCAGUUUACCCUAUAGACCCUUGCUCUUGAGAGACAUUCCUAGCUCUCGUGGUCAGCCUGCUGCUCCGAUCACGAUGGGUCUCCCCACUUUCUGCUGCAAAUUUCGUAUGUCUCCGUCAAAAACUCCGCCGUCCCUCUGCGAGGGUAGCUGGAGUCACACGCUGUCCAACUGUGAAUUGACCUGGUCCGAUGUCGCUGCCAUGGAUUUACGCUCCAUCAUGAAUUGUGGAUUAUUGCAGUCUAGCCAAUUGUAUCCGCUUUGCUGUACCUUCCGAGUACGCGACGAGGAGAUAUCUGAGCCCGCCUACACGUGUCGAAUGUACUUCCUUCAGCAGGAUCAACGCUUGGAAACCGUGAUUGCUGAAUUGAAGGGUCUUUCGUGGAGUCUACUCACUUUCUACCCUAUUAAAUGGAUGUACCGUUGCGGCUUGCGAAUGAGUUGGUUCUCGGAGUCUUCCAGCAGCCAGAAGACAGCCUCCGACAGCAGUCGGACAGGCAUAAGCAGUCUUUUCAACUCCGGUCAGAACAAUCGCGGAGGCAAUCUUGGAGUGGCCGGACCGCCAGGUGGAUUUCCAUUGAUGGUAGCCGCGGAGACGCUGGCUGCCAGCUUCGGUGUCCACAUGAACCGAAGUCAAACUGGAAGUUUGGAUCCCGUCUCAACGAAAUCACGAAUUUCGCUGAAAAAAUCCUCUUCUGGAGCCUCGAAAUCUGGCGCCAGUUCUACUUCUAUCCAAUCUUCUCCUCAUGAUUCAUCGAGUCCUAAGCUGGACGUAGGAUCCUCGCAUCAUAAGAGCAGCCUCCUGCGUUCCACUUUCGCGCGUAUGCGACAAGUUGCCAUGGGUGGUGCACAGGUGAACCCUUCAAUCAGUCCCCCGAGUGCCAUCACUACUGCUCCAACCACCUCCUCCAUCCUCCUCGUGGAUACCUCCACUGCUGCCACCACCACUACCACGUACACUUCUUCCAGGUCUGCCUUUCAUCAGCGUCUGACGCACUUCUCUCAGACGUUCACCCACGACAAGUCCAGUCCACGACGUCGUAAACUUGACCAGAUCCAUCGGAGCUAUCAAUCCUGUCAGUCCCCACAUCCCUCUGACGUGAAUGUCGACUCAGAGGCGCCUCUCCGUAAAGUUGAACCACGGGACAAGAAGUAUGCUCAACUACAUCUACCUUUGACAGCUGUCUUGGAGCCGAGUAAUUCCUUCAUCCAAUCCAUCGGUGAUGAAGUACUUGUCAAUGGUGGCGUCCACCAGUUGGUUGGGAAUUCGAGGCCGGGUGCGGUACCGGGUGAGGAAGCAGCCAUUACCUCCGCCAACGCCUCGCCUGUCAGCAACGCCUUGUCCCAGUCCUCGGGUAUGAAACAACCACUCUCUAGUCCCAAGUCGGGCGAGAACACCCCCUUGUGGUACUUGAUUAUUGUCUCCAGCAGCUGCAAAAACACACCAAACGCUCAGGAGUUAUCAUGUGUCCCAAGGUGGAUCGGAAGGUGCUACUUACCAGCGAUAAUGUACACUGUAGAUGUGGUGAGAAGUCUUGACGACCACAUCCUCUCCAUGACAAAGCCUUUCGAGGUAGAAUCCACCCCAGCGUCUGAACCAAAGACCAUCCUGCCCAAUUUUAUUGCUCUUGACCUUGGCGCAGCCAAUGAACUGGCGGUAACCAUGCCAAUGCAAUUGGCCGUGGUCGACGCUGCCAUGGUUGCAGCGAGUGGUGGGACUAGUACCAGCGUAGAAGCAGCCAGAGCCGGCGUAGAAGGCGGUGUCCGAGCAGACGACACCGACGAUCACACCGCCACAAUGCAGCAGUCGCAUCUCCCUGUGGAGCAUUCCACCGGUAAAGGAUUAGAACCCGCCGCAGCGACCAGGUCCAUCUCCGUCACCUCGGGUAUCAUGAAUACUUCCCAUUCUCAAAAGGAACUCAACGCUCAGACAGCCCGAAGGCUACUCCGAAGACCUACUGAUCCCGCUAUGAGCAUUGACUCGGAACCUGGUGACCUCCACGAAGCCGUCCUACUAGAUCCACCCAUUCUCCACCCAGAGCGAUCGCUGGUUGGCUCCCUCCCCAUUCACCAAUGCGCACGAAGCACAUUUUCUGCCUUUGUACCAUUCGUCGUGGAGCUAUGCGUGACAUUGGUGGAGAAAUUCGGUCUCAAUUGUGUGGGCAUCUAUAGAGUGUCGGGGAACAAGUUAGCCCACGAUUUCAUGGCAGCGGAACUCUGCAAACAACUGGGUGAGAUUGAUGCUAGCAACGAGAAAUGGAAUGAUAUCCACGCUUUGGCUUGUGUGCUGAAAACCCUUCUGCGUAAUCUGCCAGAUUCAUUAAUUCCCAAAGUUUCUGCAACAGACCCUUGCUUUGCCAUUUCAGCAAUGUAUCCCGAGUUUCUUGCGGCAUCGCGUGUAGAGUCGUGGGAACGUCGGCUACUCUCGGUGCAGCGUCUCCUCAGCAUCAUGGAAUGCUACCCCAAACACCCAGAGUAUCGAGUACAUCGAGCAACUCUGCGCUAUCUGGCUACCCACCUGGCCCGUGUGGCCUCACGUCAGGCUGUCAACCGGAUGACGGCCUAUAACUUGGCGCUGGUUUUCGCGCCCAAUCUCAUCCAAUCGAAUGAGGACAGUCCGGAGCUCUUUAUGGCCGACUCAAAGUUCAAAAUCUGGCUGCUGGAGACAAUAAUCAAGUACCACAAGUGGGUGUUCUCGCCCGACUUGGGACUAGAGAGUGGUUGUUUCGUGCCCGAGGACUCGGACAAGGUGCUGCUGACAGACGAGGCGUUGGCGGAGGCAAUGGCUGCUUCCUCAUCGGGUACUUCGCAGGGCCUUGAAUUCGCCAAUCAACCUGGACGCUCUGAGGGCGAUGUUCGUCCCGUGCUUCAGGAGAUGCUUCAUGCGGCAGCACUACUCCCUCCCCCACCCUCCACCUCUGACCUUGAAGUGGCCGAGGAGCCGGGUCCUAGUCUGGACAAACCGACCGACGUGGCCACGGUGGUUGAGCAGGCACUUGAAUCCAGUGCUGUGGAGUUGCAGGAGAUCCAGCAGCAACAUCAGCAACAACAACAGUUGCAGCAACAUCAACAGCGUCACAGGAACCGACCAGUUAGUCAACCAGGUGGGGAGAAUCGGUCUCACAAUCAGGAGAGGUCACUUUCUGCGGGACGGCGGAGAGAAGAGCAUCAAGUAAGGGACAUCGACGUAAUUACCCACAGGACUGCAUUUUCUCCAUACAAAGAGGUCCCUGGCUCUCCAGAAAAACCCACUCUUCUAAUAAUCCCUGAGGACUACUGUGAUGUAGAGAGAGAAGACUCUUCACCCGCUCGCAUGCAACAUUCGCUUCUGGCACACUCUUCCAUCACAGCACCACCAUCGCCUCGCAUAUCAAGCUUUAAUCCGUCCCUGAACCCUUCCACCGAUACUACCAACAAGGCGACAUCCUCCUCCCGUUGGCGCCCCUUCCACCGACAGCGUCGUCACAGCGGGGGCGAAGCACCUGAGAGUAAGUCGAUAAUGGAGAUGGCAGUUGUCGAAGCAGGAGAGGAGAUCUACAGUAUCAGUCAUUUGGUGGCUUUUCGGCGAGUAAAAUCCUGUCGAAGACGCGGUGAUCACUGUGGCGAAGCGAGGGAAGCGCUUUCGGAGUCCCCGGAGCCGACAACUCAAGCGUCGGAGGAGCAACCACAAAAGCAGUCAACGCCACCUUCGUCAAGCAGUGAAACACUGUCCCGAGUUCGACACCAUAGCCUACGUAAAUGGUGGUUCCGAUGA